AUGGUCUGUGGUGGAUUUACCUGCUCUAAAAAUGCGCUUUGUUCCUUAAAUGUGGUUUACAUUGGGAGUAUUGAACUGCUGAACUCCACCUGGAGUCUGAUGAGCAACAACACCAAGGGAGAGCUGGAGGGCCGGCUGGACUGCUGUGGCCUGCUCAACACCACCCUCAGCCAGAGGCAGUUUAACCAGGACUUUUUCAGCUGCACUGCUCCGUGUAAUGCCAGGAACAACUGCUACGCCUGUGGUGACAUGAAGCUGUAUCACGCUACACAGGCUCUGAAGAUCCUGGGAGGGGUUGGACUCUUCUUCAGCUUUACUGAGAUUCUUGGGGUGUGGCUGGCAGUGCGCUACAGGAACCAGAAAGACCCCAGAGCCAAUCCAAGUGCUUUCCUAUAG